AUCCAAAUCCCACAAAGCCGGUAGUCUGUGUGUCUUCGUUGCUUUCCUCUUACUGCAGCAAGGCUGCUCGAGGAAGCGUUGUUUUGGCUCAUGGUGGGAAGAUGCAUCUCGUUGUGUGGGGAAAGUCAUGGCAGCAAGGUGAGAGAGGGAGCUGUCCUCGCAGCCACACUCGGGAGCCAGAGGUGAACGCUGCUGCUCAGCUGCCCUUUCCACUUUGUCCAGGACCCUCAGCCCAUGGAACGGUGUCACCCACGUUUAGGGUUUCUGCCUUGAGUUCCUGCCGUGACUUCCCUCCGCGAUGGACUAUGGCCCCAGAGAUGUAAGAUGAAGUAAGCUCUUUCCUCCCCAAAGUUGCUUCUAGUCGCGGUGUUCUGUCUCCACAACAGAAACCCCAAGGUGCUUCUGAGGCAGGAACAUGCUCACAUUCAUGGCUUCUGACAGUGAGGAAGAGGUCUGCGAUGAGCGGACAUCCUUGAUGUCCGCCGAGAGCCCCACGUCACGCUCCUGCCAGGAGGGCAGGCCGGGCCCAGAGGAUGGAGAAAACACUGCCCAGUGGAGGAGCCAGGACAGCGAGGAGGACUGUGAGGAAGAUCCAGACCGCUAUGCCUGCAGUGGGGUUCCUGGGCGGCCGUCGGGCCUGGAGGAAGAGCUGACCCUCAAGUACGGGGCGAAGCAUGUCAUCAUGCUGUUUGUGCCUGUCACGCUGUGCAUGGUCGUCGUGGUGGCCACCAUCAAGUCCGUGCGCUUCUACACAGAGAAGAAUGGGCAGCUGAUCUACACACCCUUCACUGAGGACACGCCCUCAGUGGGCCAGCGUCUCCUCAACUCUGUGCUGAACACCCUCAUCAUGAUCAGCGUCAUCGUGGUCAUGACCAUCUUCCUGGUGGUCCUCUACAAGUAUCGAUGCUACAAGUUCAUCCAUGGCUGGCUGAUCAUGUCCUCUCUGAUGCUCCUGUUUUUGUUCACCUACAUCUACCUAGGAGAAGUGCUCAAGACCUACAACGUGGCCAUGGACUACCCCACCCUCUUCCUGGCGGUCUGGAACUUCGGGGCAGUAGGCAUGGUGUGCAUCCACUGGAAGGGGCCGCUGGUGCUGCAGCAGGCCUACCUCAUCGUCAUCAGCGCGCUCAUGGCCCUGGUGUUCAUCAAGUACCUGCCGGAGUGGUCUGCCUGGGUCAUCUUGGGUGCCAUCUCCGUGUAUGAUCUCGUGGCUGUGCUAUGCCCCAAGGGGCCACUGAGGAUGCUGGUGGAAACUGCCCAGGAAAGAAAUGAGCCCAUAUUUCCUGCCCUGAUAUACUCAUCUGCCAUGGUAUGGACUGUGGGCAUGGCAAAGCCGGAUCCCUCCUCUCAGGGAGCAUUGCAACUCCCCUAUGACCCGGAGAUGGAAGACUCCUAUGAUAGUUUUGGGGAGCCCUCAUACCCUGAAGCCUUUGAAGCCCCCCUUCCUGGUUACCCAGGGGAAGAGCUGGAAGAAGAAGAGGAAAGGGGUGUGAAGCUUGGCCUGGGAGACUUCAUCUUCUACAGUGUCCUGGUGGGCAAGGCGGCAGCCACCGGCAAUGGAGACUGGAACACCACACUGGCCUGCUUCAUCGCCAUCCUCAUUGGUUUGUGUCUGACUCUCCUGCUGCUUGCUGUGUUCAAGAAGGCCCUGCCCGCCCUCCCCAUCUCCAUCACCUUCGGGCUCAUCUUCUACUUCUCCACGGACAACCUGGUGCGUCCUUUCAUGGACACUCUGGCUUCUCACCAGCUCUACAUCUGACUGGAGACAGGCGUGGCCCUGCGGACUGUAAGAAGCGUCUCUGGAUGCAGGUGUAUAGUUUUCCACUCUAGUGCCAUAUAUUUUUUAAAAAAGCAACUUUCCUUUCCUUACAAAAAAAAAAAAAAAGAAUUAAAAAAAAAGUGUCGUGUUUAC